UGUGAAAAUUAAAAGAAUAUUGAAUUUUUAAUUUUGAUUUAAAAGUAGAUGCACUAGUUUUGUGAUAAAAAAAAAAACUGAAAAAAAAAACGUCUCUUCAUUGUGUAAAUUUAAAUACUUUUUAUAAUUAAAAAAUAACAAUCACACAAAAUAACUCCAGAAUUUUUGAAAAUUUGAAAAAGUGUUUUCCAUAUUAGUUUUUGUUGAUUUAAAAUUCACAAAAACAAUAAAGAACGAAACCAAAAAGAUAUAUAUACAAAUAUAUAUAUAUAUAUAUAUUAGGUAAAAUCUUUUUUUUUGUUUUUUUUUUUUUUUUUUUUGUUUUUUUGAGAGACGUUAAUACAAACAAAGAAAAUAAUUUAAAAUAAAAAAAUAAAUUUAAAUAUAAAAAAUGGAAACAGAUGGAAGUCCACAAUUACAGAAAUCACUAUUAACAAAUAAAGGAAAUUUACCAGUUGUUUUAAGUGCACAACAAUUACAACAAAAAAUCAUUGAUAAUUCAGAUCAUCAAAUUGUUGAAGCUAUGGAUACACAAGAAAGUGAUAUGAUAACUGAUCAAAAUGACAUCGAUAAUUUAUCAAAUAAUGGUGACACUCAAAUGCAAAUAGCACCACCGCAAAUUGAUUCAACGACAACAGCAAUGAGUAUGGAUGCAACAUCGACGUCUGAAGUAACAUCAACAACCGUUGGUUGUAAUGAUGGUUCUGAUGAAGAAAUAAGAUCUGAAGCAACAUUUUCAUUUGUUGUUGAUAAUUUAUCAAAACUAAAGGAAUCAGUUUUAUCACCACCAUGUUUUGUAAGAAAUUUACCAUGGAAAAUAAUGGUAAUGCCACGUACUGAUCGUAAUCAACCGGAUGCAAAGUCAUUGGGUUUCUUUUUGCAAUGUAAUGGUGAUAGUGAAUCAUCAUCAUGGUCUUGUAAUGCUGCUGCAGAGUUACGUUUAAAAUCAUUUAAACCAGGUCAAGAUCCAUUUGUUAGGAAAAUCAAACAUUUAUUUUAUUCAAAAGAAAAUGAUUGGGGUUUUUCAUAUUUUAUGUCAUGGAAUGAAAUAUUUGAUCCAGAAAAAGGUUAUUCACAAAAUGAUACAAUUGUAUUAGAGGUACAUGUUGUAGCUGAAGCACCGCAUGGUGUAUUUUGGGAUUCAAAAAAACAUACGGGUUAUGUUGGUUUAAAAAAUCAAGGUGCAACUUGUUAUAUGAAUUCAUUAUUACAAACAUUAUUUUUUACAAAUAUUUUACGAAAAGCUGUUUAUAAAAUGCCAACUGAAGCUGAUGAUAGUAGUAAAUCAGUUGCUUUAGCAUUACAAAGGGUAUUUCACGAAUUACAAACAUCUGAUAAACCAGUUGGCACGAAAAAACUAACAAAAAGUUUUGGAUGGGAAACAUUGGAUUCAUUUAUGCAACAUGAUGUUCAAGAAUUUUUAAGAGUUCUUUUGGAUAAAUUAGAAUCGAAAAUGAAAGGAACAUGCGUUGAAGGAACUAUUCCAUCGUUAUUUGAAGGAAAAAUGUCGUCUUAUAUUAAAUGCAAAAAUAUUGAUUAUACCAGUAAACGUAUUGAGACCUUUUAUGAUAUUCAACUGAACAUUAAGGGAAAGAAAAACAUUGAGGAAAGCUUUAAUGAUUAUAUUAAACCGGAAACACUAGAGGGAGAUAAUAAAUAUGAUGCUGGAAUACAUGGUUUUCAAGAAGCAGAAAAAGGUGUAAUAUUUAAAUCCUUUCCACCGGUAUUACACUUGCAUUUAAUGAGGUUUCAAUACGAUCCAGUCACCGAUAAUUCCGUCAAAUUCAAUGAUCGUUUUGAAUUCUACGAGCAUAUUAAUUUAGAUAAGUAUUUGGCUGAGGAAGAAAACACACCGGCUGAUUAUAAACUGCAUGCUGUAUUAGUGCAUAGUGGCGAUAAUCAUGGCGGGCACUAUGUAGUUUAUAUAAAUCCAAAAGCCGAUGGUAAAUGGUGUAAAUUUGAUGAUGAUGUUGUGGCAAGUUGUAGUAAAAUAGAUGCAAUCGAUCACAAUUACGGAGGAAUAGAUGACGAAAUGACAAUAAAUGCUAAGCAUUGUAGUAACGCAUAUAUGUUAGUAUAUAUAAGGGUAUCUGCAAUACCAAAAAUAUUAGAAAAUAUUGCAAACUCUGAUAUACCAAGUGAAUUAAUAGAAAAGUUAGGCGAAGAAAAGCGCAUGGAACAGGUAAGACGUCGAGAACGUUCUGAAGUCAACACUUAUGUUUUUAUUCAUGUUAUGCUUGAAGAAUAUUUUGAUGGUCACCAAUCAACUGAUUUAUUUGACAACGAAAAAAUUCAUCCACGUGUUUUUAAAUUAAAAAAGACCCAAACUGUCGAUGAAUUAAUGCAAGUGUUUGUUGAAACAUUUAAAUAUGACGCCAGUCGUAUGCGUAUAUGGUCACUAGUUUCACGUUCACAAUUAACUCGUCCUGUGUAUUUCGAUUUUAAUGAAGAGUAUACCAGAAAUUUACAACAUGUUAUUGAAACACAAUCACCAUGGUCAAUUUAUUUACAAUUAGCAUCACCAGAUCAUCAGGGUCCAUUACCACCAUUUGAAAAAAACCGUGAUAUAUUACUAUUUUUCAAAUAUUACGAUCCAAUAUAUAAACGAUUGAAUUAUAUAGGAUCUGAUCAAUAUCAAUUAUCAAUGAAAAUAUGUGAUUUAGUUCCAUUAUUAAACAAAGAAUUAGGAUUUCCAAUUGAUACAGAAUUAUCAAUUUAUGAAGAACAAGGGCCAAACGUUGUAUCAAAAAUAACAAAUAUGCAAGAAACUAUCGAAAAAGUCUUAAGACAAAAUAAUCGAUCCGAUGAUGUACAUGGUAAUGUGCUGAUAUUUGAGAAAAAACAUCAAGAUGAAAAAUUAGAAUUACCAACUUGUGAUGAUUAUUUUAGAGAUCUUUUAUAUCGGUUUGAAGUCACGUUUAUUGAAAAAUCUAAUCCAAAUGAUUCAGGCUUUACACUCGAACUAUCUCAUCGAUAUACAUAUGAUCAAAUGGCCCAAGCUGUAGCGAAAAAAAUUAAUACAGAUCCAAACAAAAUCCAAUUUUUCAAAUGCCUGGGUUAUAAAGAUCAGCCUGGAAAUCCUUUACGUUGCGUAUAUGAUGGUAUUUUAAAAGAUUUGUUGGCAUAUAACAAGCCCAGGACAACAAAGAAAAUAUUCUAUCAAAGACUCUCCAUGAGUAUUAAUGAAUUAGAAAAUAAAAAGCAGUUUAAGUGCCUCUAUUUAUCACCAAACAUGAAAGAUGAAAAAGAACUAGUAUUAUAUCCUAAUAAAAGUGGAACUGUAAAGAAUUUAUUAGAAGAGGCAACCAAACAAAUCGAGUUUAGUGACGAUAGUACCAGGAAAUUAAGAUUAUUGGAAGUAGCUAAUCACAAAGUAUUUCCACCUCUACGUGAAGAUACUCCAUUAGAAAAUUUACAAUGCGUAUCAGAUUCUUUGGCCAAUCAAUCAAAUCAAAAAUUGUAUCGCAUUGAAGAAAUACCUCGGGAUGAAUUAGUAAUUAAUGAUAAUGAAGCUCUAAUACCAGUCUCACAUUUCAGCAAAGAAAUCUAUAGUUCAUUUGGGAUUCCAUUUUAUAUAAAAGUAAAAGAAUUUGAAACUAUUGGCGCAGCUAAAAAGAGUAUACAAAAGAAAUUGAAUGUUCCAGAAAAGGAAUUUGAAAAAUAUAAAUUUGCGAUUGUUUCUAUGGGUCGUGUUGAAUACUUUCAAAGUGAUAAUGAUCCGAUUGAUAUUAAAAUUUUUAAACAGACUUCAACACAACCUGGUCCAACAACACUCCCUUAUUUGGGUCUAGAUCACAUUAAUAAAUCACAAAAAAGAUCUCGAUAUACGUAUUUGGAGAAAGCUAUCAAAAUUUAUAAUUAAGAUUUCAAAAAAAAAAUAUUAAAGUAAAAACUAAACUAUAAAACUUUUGCAAAAUAUGAAGACGAAAAAAAUAGAUAUAUCUUUAGAUAUUUUUACCUUAUCUAUUACAACUCCGAAUCAUCAAAUGUUAUGGUUUAGGUUAAAUUUUCAAUAAUUAAGCAAUUAUCAGCUAAGAAAAAACAAAAAAAAAUUUGCUGAUUUCUAAAGUAAUGAACAUAUUACGGUAGAAAAGAAUUCUAGUUGUAAAUUUGUUGAAAAAUGGUUCUUAUAUUUUUAGUUUUAAGGAUUUUUGUAUUUAAUUUUUUUUGUUAGCCUGAAACAUACAUACAUUUAAGGUAUAUCUAUUAAAUUAAUCAUUCGCAUUAAUUUAAAAAAAGAUUAAGAAUAAAAAAUUUUUUUUUUUUGUAACAAAAACAAAAUGAAAAAGAAGAGAAUAUUUUUUAAAGAUCCUUAUAAAAGAUCCCUUUUAGAAUUUUAUUAUUUACGAAAAAUAAAUAUUUUGCUUUCAAAUGGAUAAGAAGAAGAUAAGAAAAUAACAACUGAUAAAUAUUUUUUUCAUAAAUACAAAAAUAAAUUUAAAAAAUGAAUUAAAAAAUAAAAUAUUCAAUCAAAUUUGAAAACUUAAUUUUUUCUCCUCUGUACCUCUUUUCUAUUUGAUUUUUCAAAAAAUUUACUUGGUCGUGUAUAAUUUCUUAUAUUUUAUCAAAAUGUUGUAAUAAGUUUUUAAGAAAGAAAAAAAUUUGAUUUGUCAUGAAUAAUUUAUUAUAUUUUCUCAAAAUGUUGUAAUAAGUUUUUAAGAAAGAAAAAAAUUUGAUUUGUUAAGAAUAAUUUUUUAUAUUUUUUCAAAAAAUAUUAAUUUUUGAAAUUUAGAAAAAAGCUAAUUAAAAAAUUUGAUCAUAUUGAAUUACCUACUACCAUAAAAAAUAAAUGUUGAUGUUUAUCUUAAAAAAUGAAUAAAUGAACAAAAUAAAUAAAAAAUAAUAAAAAAAAUUUGAAUAGAAAUCCCCCAUUAUGAUAUCCUAUAUAUAACAAAUACAUUAUAUGAAUGUAAAUAAACUAAAACAAAAUUAAAACAAAAAAUUUUUCUCUUCAAAACAUUAGUAAAAUAAAUAGGAAAAAAAGUAGCACUCUCGUUCCCCUCUCCAAAAACUAUACAUCACAUUUUAUUUUAUUUGAUAAUAUAAAAAUCGCAUUAUCGUUCGCCAGAAAAGGGAAUGAAUGUUUUUAUUUUCAAAAGAAGCUAUAUAUUAUAUUAUGAUAUUUCAUAUCAUAAUAUAAUAUAUAGUGCUAAAAUAACAUAUUUUUUGUGUUGCAAAACAAAGUUUUGCUAACUUAAUUUGUUCAAAAACGUAUUAUGGCUAUACCUAUUAUUAUGUUCUUGUGAUAGUAUUUCAAAUAGAAGAUCUCAAUGUAAACAAUACUUAAUAAUCAUUAAGUUAGUAUAAAGCAGUAUAAAGCAUUGUGAAGAACAUUUCGUCGGCAAUUUCUUUAUAACUCUGUAGCUCAGUUAGUAGCGUCCGUCUAGAAAGCGCUACUAACUUUAAUUUUUCCCCUUAAACUCAUUCCUUUAAUUACGUUUGCUUUGAUUUGAAAAAAAACGUAACUAAAAAAAGUUUGUCAGAAUAUGUUGUGUAGCAUAUUAAAGUCGCUCGUCUACAUAAAAUAUAUAUGUGUAUGUAGAAAAACUGUUAUACUAUACUGAUACAUAAUUAUACAAUAAACUCGCUAAUAAUAUAUAAGUGUAAACUUGUAAGUAAAUUUAUAUAAUACUCCUAUAAUCUUAUUUGUUUUUUUGUUUUUUCAAGUCCUUGCCUUUUUUAAAAAUACUGCUUAUUACUAAGCAUUAAUAUAUAUAAGUUGGAACUGUCGGCAUCCCAUAUUAUUGUGAAAGAGAUUAAAGGAUAAUACUGGAUCUUGUUACGAAGCCCUCUUACCCUGGUAAAUAAAUCUACAAUCUGACAUAAAACAAUAUUGAAAAAAAUAAAAGAUUUUAUGUUUUUUGUUUUAAAUUUAUUUAAAAAUCGAAAAGAUUUUUGUUUUCACUUAAGAAUUUAAUAUUAUUUGUACAAUAACAAUAUUGGAUACUUAAUAAAUUUUUCUUUAAUUAUUUCACAAAAAAUAAAAAACAUCUCAUAAUUAAAA